AUGCCUUCCGCGACGGAAAACCUCCCCGCCCCCGUGGCAAACGCCCUCCCCCGGCUCGACACCAACAAAGACAUCCAAGAAACAAAAGCAGCCGCCAAGUCCGGCCUCCUGUCGCAGCUGCGUGCCCUCGCGGCCGGUGGCUUCGGCGGCAUCUGCGCCGUCGUGGUCGGCCACCCGUUCGAUCUGGUGAAGGUGCGGCUGCAGACGGCAGAGAGGGGCGUGUACUCGUCUGCGAUUGAUGUCGUGAGGAAGAGUGUUGCGCGGGACGGUCUGCGGAGGGGAUUGUACGCGGGUGUGAGUGCACCGCUGGUGGGUGUCACGCCCAUGUUCGCCGUCUCCUUCUGGGGCUACGAUCUCGGCAAGCAAAUCGUCUCUGCAUCAUCCACCGUCGGCCCAGACGGCCUGUCCAUUGCGCAAAUCUCCACGGCGGGCUUCCUAUCCGCCAUACCCAUGACGGCCAUCACCGCGCCCUUUGAGCGCGUAAAGGUCAUUCUGCAGGUCCAAGGGCAGAAGACGCUUGCGCCCGGCGAAAAACCAAAGUACAACGGGGGGCUCGACGUCGUGCGCCAGCUGUACCGCGAGGGCGGAUUCCGAAGCGUCUUCCGCGGCAGCGCUGCGACACUUGCCCGCGAUGGUCCCGGCUCGGCUGCCUACUUCGCUGCGUAUGAGUACAUCAAGCGCACGCUGAGUCCCAAGGAUGAGAGCGGCAAGCCCACGGGGGAACUGAGUCUCACGGCGAUUACGUGUGCUGGUGCGGCGGCGGGUGUGGCUAUGUGGAUUCCUGUGUUCCCCGUCGACACCGUCAAGUCGAGGCUGCAGACGGCGGAGGGCAACGUCACGCUGGGUGGAGUGAUUCGGGAGCUGUACGGACGGGGAGGGUACAGGGCUUUCUUCCCUGGGUUUGGACCGGCGCUGGCGAGGGCUGUGCCUGCGAAUGCGGCUACGUUUUUGGGCGUGGAGCUGGCUCACCAGGCUAUGAGGAAGGCUUUUGACUAG